AAUUUGGACAAGGGCUUAGGAGGAGGCUGUUGCUUGUGAGAAAUGAGUUUGAUCACGUUUUUGUUAUGUUCAUAUGUAUCUGUCCCUGAUCGUGCUAGUUAUAAAUUCUAGGUCCAUAAUCGUCUCUUCUCUACCCAGGCGUCCCUCAUACUCGUAUUAUCUCUACUAGUAAACGAUAUCCCAGCAGUUGCCAUGUCUGUACCAACCCACAGUAUUCAUUCAAUCCAUGGCACAUUCGCAGGCGUAUCGUCCUACACUAAUCACUCAUCGCACGCUGGCGUCGUAAUCGAAGGCUCCUCAAUUGAUAAAAUCCCUCCUGGUCUCGCAAGAGUUGCCUGGCGUUCUGCACCUGUAUCACUCCCCUCUUCACCAAACACAACUUCUCGUCGGGGCCGGCUCCCAUCAUUCCCUAUAGCCCGUCGUGCACCUCCACCCCCACCAACUCGUGCACUGGCCCCCCAAACCAUCUCUUUCCCUUCGGAAGACCCAUUUAAUGAUUCAAAUUCAUGCAUCGUAUCCAUUCCACAACGACCCAUUCCCCAGCGCACGCACCUCGCCUCGCAGUCAUACACAGUCAGGCUUCCCGGCUCUAAUCAUGCUCUCGACACCCUUGUUCGUCAGCGAACCGCACAGCGAGCCGCGCAGGAGCGUGAGACCCGGUGCAGAGUCGUAGCGGGCAUAUUGCUGAACAGGGUGCAUGCCGUGGGGAAGCCUAUGCGCCGGAUCCCCCAAAGUGCGGAGGUGCCUCGGGCAUACAAACGUAGCAGGCUGUCAAUGAUUACUACUGCAGAGGAUGUCUGUUGACAGCGUUCGGCUUUUAUUGGAUAACUGGGAGGUGGAGGCGCGAUAUCAAUUUUAAGGAUAUGAUGGACAUGUUGUAUAACAAAAUUUAAUAAUGUACUCGGGCAAAUAAAACUAUAUGCAAGACCAAUGCAAAGUCGAAGAGUCGAGUCUAGACUACCCGGUAAGAUUCGGAAAACGAAAUGAUGAACAACCGAAUCUAGCCGAAUCGAAGCGGUAUCAAAUAUGUCAUCAAUUCCCAAG